CAUAAAGCCUGUUGCUUCUGCUGCCUACACCAUCCAUCCAUCCUCCACCACAACUCCUCUCCUCUCCUCACACUUGCUUGUCUGAUUCACAGCAAUCCUCCAUACUCAACCGCCAUCAUGAUUGUCGACCAAGCCGUCAAUCUCCUCAAGACCACAAAGGGUCCCCUUCCCCUUCCUACCGCUACCCAGACGGCCGUCCCUACUUCGCUGCCUACCGUGGUCCCUAACCCUAUCGAGCAUCAAUUCGUUGGAGAUGAGGGCAAGAAAACUCUAUGGGUUGUCUUUGUCUUGAUGGUCAUUGCCUCGGCUGCCUUCGCUGCCCUCUCGUGGCGUGUUCCCGUUCAACGCCGCCUGUACCAUGUCAUUACCACUCUCAUCACCAUCACCGCCGCCAUCUCCUACUUCGCCAUGGCCACUGGCCACGGCGUCUCUGUCAACAAGAUCACCAUUCGUCACCAGAAUGACCACACUCCCGACACCUUCACCGAGGUCCACCGCCAGGUCUUCUGGGCCCGCUAUGUCGACUGGACCUUGACCACCCCUCUGCUUCUGCUCGAUCUCAGCUUGCUCGCUGGCCUCAAUGGUGCCCACAUCCUCAUGGCCAUUGCUGCUGAUGUCAUCAUGAUCUUGACCGGUCUCUUUGCUGCUUUUGGCUCCGAGGGCACUCCCCAGAAGUGGGGUUGGUACACCAUUGCGUGCAUUGCCUACUUGGUCGUCAUCUGGCACUUGGCCGUCAAUGGCCGCGCUCAGGCCCAGGCCAAGAGCCAGAAGGUGGCUUCUUUCUUCCUCGCCAUUGCUGGCUUCACCUUGGUCAUCUGGACCGCUUACCCAAUCGUUUGGGGUAUUGCCGACGGUUCCCGCAACCUCUCUGUCGAUGGUGAAAUCAUUGCCUACGCCGUUCUCGAUGUCCUGGCUAAGCCCAUCUUCGGCAUCUGGCUCCUCUUGACCCACGCCAACAUUCCCGAGACCAACAUUGAUCUUGGUGGCUUCUGGGCUCAUGGAUUGGGAGGCGAAGGCUCUGUCCGCCUUGGUGAUGACGAUGGCGCUUAA